AUGGUGCUGCAGGCUAUCGUAGGCGCCCUGACUACCACCGACCAUUACGCAGUUCGGCCUUCAGGAACGGUGCUGUUUUUGCUCCCUGAUUAUGGCCUGGAGUUCUUCAGGGCAGCCUGGGGAGCGUGCUCCGGCAGGCAGCGGCAGCUGCGCUUCCUGUGGAGUCGCAGCGUGUCCCGGAAGGCCUCCGCGGCGCUCCGCUACCCGGGCGUUGGAUCCCACAGGUGCGCAGAUGUUGAGCCAGAUGCAAUCAUCUUUGGCGGCGAUGGCAGCAUAAAGAGUUCAAAGGAGUGCCUUGUCAACAGGACCGUCGCCGCCGAAUGUGGCGGUUUGCCCCCAGACGCGUUCUGGUGGCUCUCGUUUGCAGCGGGCUUGUUUGAGCACCUCACGGCCGACGUGGCAUUUCCAGACAUUGUCGAGGCCUCCGUGCAACUGGUGUUCCCGGACCUAAAAGACAGCAAGAGGCGCCAGCUUGCCAGGUGGUUCUCGAAGGGGAGUUUGAUUGAAUCGUUCUUGGAUGGCCGUUGGGAGCUGAUGCGCGACGCACCGCGCCCGCGGAGCCUGACCGGGUGCGACUACCUCGCAUCUUACGAGGUCAGGGUGUUUUUGAACGCCGACCUUUUAUUAAGCGCGAGCGAGUUUUCCUCGAUCCAGUUCAUUUGCCCGGUCUCGUGCGGGUGCUCUCUUGGCGAGAUGUACAAGUCGUCUCUGUCGUCCGACGGCGUCCAGUUCAGCCGUGUUGACGACAUUUUGAUGGUCAGUAACAGCGCGGACGGCGCGGACGACGAGGACUACGGCAUGGACAACUACUUCAACCAAUAUUAUUACCACUACGAGGAAAACAACGACAACGCGAACCGCGGCUUUCAGUGGGCCACGGAUGCCGCGGGGGGUGGGCUUCGGGGAAGCUGGGACAUGGGCGAGAUGGGCAAGGGCCCGCAUUCUGUUGGGGCGGACCGCGCCCGCGCGGACUUCUCCGGCGAGGCGCUGCUGCUCUCCCGCGCGGGCGAGGCCAGCGCGGUGGUGCGGCUGUGCGGUCGGCCCGGGGUGGCGUCGCUGCUGCUGCCGGCGGCCCCGCCGCUCGGCGAGGGGGUGAUCCCGCUGGGCCCGGAGCUGGAGGACGGCGAGCUCCGCUCCAUCCAGCUGCCCCUGUCGCGCGCGGGCGCCCACGUCGGCGCCAUCGACUUGCGAUACCAGCUGGUGGCUGCCCCUGCCGCCCUCGAGUUUUCGACCUCGGAGCUGUGGGGGCACUGGCCUGCUGCGUAUCACGCGGGGGCCAUGUCCAUGUGCCUCGGCAGGGACAAGACUGCUCCCGGCUAG